GUUGUCACUGUUGUGUGAUUUAUCUCUCGUCGCCCAAUGCAAAUUUUCCGUGUUGAUCUUUCUUUCUUUCUUUCUUUAUCCAAUGUUUAUUUCCGUAAGAAAAGCAAGUCAUUCGAGUCUUUAUCGUUUCUUUCACUUUCCGCCUUGAUCGAUCCCGUCGUUUGCCGACGACAUAAAACAGAAUGUAGCAAAUCGCCCGGUAAAGUGGAUACAUCAUCGUGCAGUAAUUCCACUGUUUCAUCCCUGAAAUAGUCGAUGUGCUUUCCCUGCAAGCGAACCACUUGUUGAUCAUUCACCUAGACCUAGUCGAUUAAAUAAUCGAUCAUUUUUCCGGUGCUGUUUUGAGAUCUUUUAAUAGUUAUAAUUCAGUUGUAUAAGACCGUGUGCUCUUCAGCCCCCCUUAACCUCCUCUGUUGAAAAGGAGCCGUGGCACCUCGUUCAACUACGGAUUGGCUAGUUUGCCGUUGCAUGUCAUGGAUAAUUCCGUGCAGUUCGAGCAGACGCAUGUCUUCCCGGACAUCAACGGCGCCGACGGGGAUCGACACGGCGGACCGGUGGUCUACAAGAACUGGGAUCUGGGGGCUGCGCCGCCCAAGGGAGGCGCCAGAAAACCCAACAAACCCAUUCCCUUUCUCGGCCCCCGACGCCAUCUUACAUGGGUGCGUACCCCGGUCCAUGAUAAGUCAAUCGAAUUAUCCGAAUUAGACGAAAGGGCAUCGGGAGAUGGGGAUCUGCUGGACACUCAUUCCGUCACUGAUAAUAAAUCUCCCCUGCAGAGUCUGACCGAUCGGGUCUUUUUCCGCAAACGCACCCAAUCGCUUCCCGUCAAAAAGGAUGUUCGUAACGGAGUGGGACACCAGAAAAUCCCGGUGCCGGCGCGGCGGAGGGAGCGGAAGCUGUGGAAUUUAGUGAAUAUCAUGGCGGGUGGACGGAGUUUCCAUUGUCCGGAGUGGAUAUUUCUGGGGCAUCCGACAACACUCUUGGGCGAUUUAGAUCGGAGACAGACGUAUUUUCAUCCCAAGCUCAAAUGUUACAUGUUCCCCGGAGUGUUACCGGAUGUAUUUAAUGCGGUACUGGAAUAUUACCAGACUGGCAACCUCACGCGACCGGAGCGUUUGACGUUGAAUUACUUCCUGGAGCACAUCGAAAUGUUCGAAUUAGAAGAGGAUGCCAUUAGUGCCUUAUUUAUUCGAGAAGGUGUGCAGCAAUUUGACCAGAAAAGGUCGUUCGACGUGAAGAUGAAGCCCACGUGCAAGGACAUUAUGUGGGACAUUUUGGAUCGGCCCUGGACUGGACCAGCGGCGCGUAUUUAUUCCGUUAUCUCACUAGGAUUCACUCUCCUCUCUGUUAUUGUCAUUAUUGUUGAGACGUUGCCCGAACUGGAAGACUACAGCCUGAUCGCCCGUGCUCCGCUGCACCAGGCCUUUCGAAGUCCCUUCGUCAUCAUCAACACAGUGUGUUUUGCCUUUUUUUCGGUGGAGUUUAUUUUGCGGCUGACCUUUUGCCCGUCAUGGAGACUGUUCCUGCGCACAUGGACCAACUGGACGGACUUCAUCGCACUUUUGCCGUACACUGUGGUGUUCGCACUGCUGUUAACGCAUCAAGCCGGUAUCAUGUCGGUUAGUGUGUUUAAUGCACUACGCGGAAUGCGUUUGAUCCUCAUCUCGCGAGUACUGGGCACAUCCAGGUUCUAUCGGCAUCACUGGAUUGUUAUGCUCUUCCUAACCUUGUGGAACAAUGUGCGCACGCUUUUUGUGCUGUUCUUCCUGAUGAUCACGUGCAUGCUUGGGUUUGGCGGAUUGAUGUACGCUCUGGAGGGCAUCGGACAGGAGACAGCUAACAUUCCGUCAAUUCCCGUCGGCAUGUGGUGGGCAGUAAUAACAAUGACCACCGUUGGGUAUGGUGAUGUUGUUCCUCAGAAAGCCGCUGGUCAAGUUACCGCGAUUUUAUGUGGCUGCUUUGGCUUGGUCUUCACAGGUUUCGUACUGGAGUCGAUGACGUACGAGUACCACCGUCUAAUGAAAGCCAACUCGCAGUAUUUGCGCUACAGUGCCGAUCUGGCCAGCCGCACCAUGCGGCCUCCGCUGGCCGCCCCGGUGAUGCCGCGGGUGGCUUCUAUCCGCCGCAUUCACAGCCGCACCAGCAUAUCCACGAUGGCAGCCAAACAGGAGUGCCCACCAGAAAUUCAUGUCAGCAUUAACGGCGCUGAGUUUUAUUUGCCGCUGACAGAUCUUUUAAAGUAUCCCAACACACUGCUGGGGCAUCCGGUCAAACGGGCGCAGUAUUACAACCCUACAACCUUGACAGCAACAUUGCUGGAUUGCUGGCCAUUUUGCCUUAUGUGUGCAGCCACUUCGGUUUUUUUUAAAACCAUGCGUCUCUUGCGGCUAGUGACGAUUUUGAAAUUCUCACGGUAUCUCAAACGAAUACAGAUGAUCUUUGCUAUUCUUCGCUCAACCUUCGUGGAGUUGUUGAUGCUAUGCUAUCUGAUGCUUAUAAACUCCAUGAUUUUCGGAACACUCGUAUACGCGGUGGAGUGCUGCCAUGCGGAUGGGAACAUCAACAGUAUCCCGCGCGGGAUGUACUGGGCCUGGAUUACCAUGUUGACGAUCGGCUACGGAGACAUCUGGCCACAAACAGCCGUGGGUAAGGUCGUCGGAGGAGGCGUGGCUAUCCUAGGCAUUGUGUUCUGGACGCUGCCCAUGACACUAAUCAGCGAUCAUUUCGCUAAUUACCGGCGUUUGUUUGAAGGCCAGGAAUACAUGAUGGAGUGCUUGAGCCGGAUGACGCGGCUGCGUGAAAAAGAAUUGGAGAUGAGGCGUCGGGGACUGAAACCAACAGUCACCGAUCCUGACCACCUUACUCUCCCUCACACGGACGAGACCAAAUGCGACCCGGUGGGACUAUCGGACCUGGGUGUGGUAAAUACGCUCAGUCCAGAGAACGGUGUCCUGGCCAGUCGGGACACGUCGCCAAAACCGCUGCUCAGUCGGGCGCCCUCGCAUCACCGAAAUCUGAGUAAAUCCCACUCGGCCAGCUCGCACCGGCUGCAUGUGCCGCAUUCGCCGACCCGCUUGUCCAGCUCGCCGGAUGGGGAUUACUGCCGCUUCUCGCGACUGGAGAUGGAGGGACUGAAUCGCAUCCGCAGUCGGACGAGUUUCGCCACCAUCACCAGCAACGAGGGGCUGGAGAGCGGCGACAGGGAGGAGAUUGUUAUAAAGGGGGAGAUUUGAUAGUACAUGUUCGGUUGUGUCGGACCGGUGUAGUCUGGAAGUUUGUUGGGUGUUUUUGAUUUGUGAUGAUCUGUUUUGGGAUUUCUUUUUAUAAUGUUAUGCAGCGAUGCAUUUAUGUGUAUGUUAGGAAAACCAAAGUAUGUACAUAAAUCAUAAAAUAUG